AGCCGAACGAAAACGAAGAGAUCGAUUCGGUUUUUGGCGUUAGAAUCCCAAAUAAUCUGGUAACACUGUUCCAAAGAACAAUGUAAACAAGACAAACACGUCCUUUUCAGGAAAGUGACAACCAACAUAAUGAGGAGUUCAAAAUCGAUAUAAUCUUGAACUUGUUGGUCAACCAGCUCAAUGGCCUUCAAAUCUGACGCACAUUUUGAUCGGUAAGGCAAAGGUCGUUGUGGUCUUCCCAGGAUCUUUAGUCCCAUAGUAUCAUCACCCCUUCGCAAUUAAUCAUGGAUCCUCAGCUCUUGAAAGCCAGUUUAAAUUAUCACGGUCAACCGCUGGCCCAAUCAUUGCAACAAAGCCUAUCGGGCUUGGCCUUGGACUUGACCGAAGCAUCACACGAGCAAUACAUGGCUCGAUCGCGGUCAUUUCGCCUCGAAGACCGAGGCCAACGAUUAGCUCUUCAACGGUUCAUCGUUCAUGCCGCGCCUCGCUUGUUCAAACGGGUUGCUGGACCCACUUCACCCGCUGCACCCGUUGACUCUGAUGUAAUUUUUCCUAUUUCCCAUUCCCUUGAACGGUUUGUACCCCAACCUACUGUGGAGGGGCGGGAAAAGAGCUUCUUCCAGCGGUUAGCCCCCGGAGACCCGAUGUUUGCCCGCGUAUCGUAUCGGAAUCCAUCGGGUUUGUUGUUAGCCUUGUUGGGAUUUCACCCGGUUAGCCCAGAUAAGCCGACCUUCACCGGGGAUUUGGCUCUCCGUAGCAUAUGCCCUAUGAAGGAGGCUUUACCUUUAGACCCUUCAGAUAAACCUUAUGCUUUGGGCGAUAUGAUGAUCGUGGCCGUGGUCGAGGCCAGUCCGGAUAGUAAACGGGUACUCGUGAGCAUGAUGGAAAGCUCACUCAACCCCAAGUACCGAGCUCAGAUUCGAUUGGGACGAAUCAAUGCCGUAGAAGUGCCCACCGAGGUGGUGAACCCGCCCGAACCUGUCCGCUAUGAUGAGGCUUUAAAACAGUCGAGCUCAUUUUUGAAUCCGAGUUCUGUCAACGAAAUGGCUGCGGCUUUGGGAUUACCCAUUCAUGGCGGGUCAUUGUGCUCCACAUUGAAGCGAGUCAUCCCGGAGACAGAACUCGCCUCAGGGGUCAGGAAACGUCAGAAUGCCAAUUGGGCCUUUAAUCACGUAGCUUCGGGAAUCCGUCAUUUCAAUGCCGGGAACAACAUCGAAGCGUUCCAAUGUCUCAACCAGGCUCUAAAGAUCGACGCCAAGAAUGUGGAAGGCCUGGUCGCUCGAGGAGCUCUGUACGCCAAUAAUGGCAGCUUGGAUCGGGCCGUGCAAGAUUUUGAAGAAGCUCUAGAAGUCAACCCUACCCAUAAAAACGCCAACAAGUACAUUGCUGAAACUUUGGUGGCGUUGGGCAGGAACUAUGAGGAAUCGGGCGAUGUACCCAAGGCCUUGGAGUCGUAUGACAAGAUUCUCAAGUUCGUUCCGGAUCACAAAGAAGCCAUGGACUCGAUCGUUUAUCUAAGCGCGAAGGCCACCUCAAGUCAAGCCCCCAUCGAUGUUCCAAGUGUGAAAACCACCGACGAUCUAGAUCUACAACUCCCACCGAGCUUAGGCCUCAUUCGAGACUCGGGUCGAAGGAACCGAUCCUGUUCAUCGUCUCUUUCACCCACUAGAGGCCCACAUCCCAUCCGAGAUUUGCACCCCAUGUCGGUUCCACCUCCUGUUGGUCCUACUGCUUCCAUGGAAGUCCCUUUAUUCCCAACACCUUCAAGUUCGACCGCCAUGCUUUCCCACAUGAAUUUUAGUGUUCCUCCACCAGGAAUGAUUCCCUUUUCGGGCCCUUCGGCCUUGGACAAGGACUAUGAAAAGCGAGUGCAAGCCUUUUUGAGUAAAACCAUGACCAAAGAGAACCAAAAAAGUCGAAGCCGUUCGCGAGACAAGUCAUCCCGGAAACGCUCCAAAUCCAGAGAUCGUCGACGAAGAAGCGGCUCUCGCGAAAAACGAUCGCGGAAGCGUUCCAGGAGUCGGAAUCGAGAUCGAAGCCGAGACCGACAUCGUCGAAAGAGAUCUUCAUCUGUUGGCAGUUCCCGAGAUCGAAGUCGAAGGGAGAAAGAAUCACCAUCCAAUGGCAGGGUAUCUUCAAAAUCCAGCAAAAGCAGGGCAUCUAGUAGACAUGGCCGCUUGCCAUCUCAGGAAAGGAGCAAAAAAGAGCUUCGAGCAUUGGUCAAGAGGACACCUAGCCCGGAAUUGAACAGCAUUGCCGAGAGAAUCAAGAGUCAAGCUAGAGCCUUGCUCGGAGAGGAUCAAGGUGGUGAAGAUAUAGCCUCUAAAUUGAACACGUUUCUUACCGAAGACAAGCAAACAUCGAAGCAGGAGGAGAUGAGUCACGUUGGCAAGGUCGCGGUUCCAACGUUUGAUCGAAAGCGAGCUUCCUCUCCCGGGGUAAAAGCUGCUUUCGAUGUUCCCGGAACACCUUCAAACUCCUCCGCACAAACUCGAAUGUCCAUGAAGAGUUCAGCUUUGCCGGCUCAGUCUUGGAUUGGUGGGAAACGUGAACAAGAGAUCAGGAUCAGAUUAGAACGGUCCCCUGUGAAAAGAGUUGUGGAUCGAGGGAACUCUCCGUCAAAGAGCUCAAUAGACUCAAGAUAUGAAAGCAAAGGUACACGUUCGUCCCGUUGGGAUGUGCAAAAUACCGCAAAAAACAAGCCACUUCAAAUACAUGUCAGGGAAGUAGAUCGACCAGAUCAUCACCGCGAUCCAAGGGAGCGAUCUCCAGUUGUAGAACGGAGAGUGGUCCGCCACGUGGAACCGAGUCCGCCUCCGAAAGACCACGCCCUUCAUUACGAGCAUCGUCAAAGACGGGAACGAUAUGGUCGAAGGGUCGAUUCUAUCUCCGACCUCCGUUCCGAAACGCUAAAUAUACAAUUAGAGAGGGAAAUCAUCGAGAAAGAAAGAGCCGCUCUUCUUUUGGCCGCCCAGCAAUACGCCCAAAGUCGCUCACCAUCAAUGCCUUCCGUGGAUUCGCCUUCGCCAUUAAGAGAUCUAUCUCGGUUAAGUCCUCAAGCCAUUGUCGACCAAGCACGAAGUCGGCGGCGGUUUGGCGACUCGCGAAGUCAAUCCUCGGAGCGGCCCAAAAAUGGGGACUCAUCGCGUUCUCGGCGAAGGCGAGAGCGCACGCGAUCGCGGAGUCGCAGUGGGGAUAGAGGGCGUUCCCGUAAGGCACGGACCUUUACUAGUCAGCCAGAAGAGUCUCCUAAGGCGGGCUGCAGCCAAUGGAAGACCGACUACGACUACAUGGAUAAUGUCCUCAGUUCGGUCUCUUCGGCAGUCAAUUUGCCCGAGAAAGAGAUCAUUCCGGGUAAGAACACGUUCGAAGAGAUCGAAGAUUUCUUGAGCCAAGCCAAACGUGAGCGCAAGGAGAAAAUGAGUAAGUCCUUUCAGAAAACGCCAACAUCAUCAAGACGAUAGUUUAUGUAACGCCUUGUUCUUGCUUUUUAACCAAUAAAACCUCUUCGUUAAGAAAA